CCCUCUCAUUGGCUGCAGCUGUCACGUGCUGCGAAGAGGGAAAAAACAAGGAAGCUGGUUUUCCCGGCGAACCUUCUGCACGUGGAAAGUUCUGGAGCGACGUGCAGGUGUCCCGGCGCUUUCAGCAUGUCUGAGGAGAUUCCACCCGAGGGACAGGUGACCCAGAACCAGCCCGAAACCCAGAACCAGCCCGAAACCCAGACCCAGCCCGAAACCCAGCCAGAAUCCCAGCCAGAAUCCCAGACCCAGUCCACCCUGUCCCCUUCUCAGACCAGGUCUCAGUCCCAGCAGGGGUCCAGCUCGUCCAGCGGUCCCGCCUCAGGCAGCCAGUCGUCCAGCGGCUCAGGGACCCUCAGCAGCGUGGACACCCUUUCUGUCCCCCUAGCCUCCGUCCCAGAGGAACCAGAACCAGAACCAGAACCAAAGCCCUGGGGUCAGCUGAUCCCCAUGGCCCGAGGUUUCAGGAGCCACGAUUGCCUGGAGGAGCAGUACUUGUUCGGUAGAGACUCUCAGUGUAACUACGUUCUGGAGGACCCAGAAGACAAGAGAUCCAGGAAGUUCAGGAUCUACAGCAAGAAACACUUCCGGAUCUUCAGAGAAGGCUCUGAGGUCUUCGUGGAGGACUUCAGUAACAACGGCACGUUUGUGGACGGCUUGAAGGUCGGCAGGAACAAGAAGCUUCCGCUCCUCAACAAGGCUGUGCUGUCUCUGGCUGAGCCCCAGAACCGAGUGUUUAUCUUCAUCGACCUGAUGUCAGACGAUCAGUCCAGUUUGCCCAAAGCUCUGCAGGAUAAAUAUCUGCUGACACGGCAGAUUGGAACGGGAGUCUGCGGCGAGGUGCGGCUUGCCUUCGAACGCGCCACCUGCAGGAAGCUCGCCAUUAAAAUCAUCAAAAAGAGCAACUUCCAGUCGGAGGGGACGGCGACACGGAACGCAGAGAGAGAGAUAGAGAUCCUGCAGAGGGUUGAUCAUCCUUGUCUCAUGAAGACGGAGGACUUCUAUCAGACGGAGGACAGUUACUACAUUAUCCUGGAGCUGAUGGAAGGCGGGGAGCUCUUUGAAAAAGUGAAAUCUCGGCAGCAGCUAAACGAAGACGUGGCCAAACUGUACUUCUAUCAGAUGCUCUGCGCCGUUCAGUAUCUCCACAGGAACGGCAUCAUCCACAGAGACCUGAAGCCAGAGAACAUCCUCCUGUCCUCCAAUGAGGACGCCUGUCUCAUAAAGGUGACGGACUUUAACCAGUCCAGGAUCCUGGAGGAGGCCGCCCUCAUGAAGACCCUGUGUGGGACGCCGUCCUACCUAGCUCCCGAGGUCUUCACCCACGCGUCCACCACCGGCUAUGGCCUGGCUGUGGACGCCUGGAGCCUUGGCGUGCUGCUGUUCGUCUGUCUGAGCGGCUACGCUCCGUUCCACAAGGACUUCAGCAAGUUCUCGGUCAUGGAGCAGAUCAUCAGAGGAGAGUUCGUCAUGGUCCCAUCCAAGUGGAGGAGCGUCUCUAACCAAGCCAAAGACGUGGUGAGGAAGCUGCUGGUGGUCGACCCCGCCAAGAGGAUGACUGUGGAUGAAGCUCUGCAGCACCCCUGGCUGCAGGACCAGCAGAUGUUGAAAGUGGCCCACAGACUCAUGUACCCGGCAGGAGGAGAGGCCGCGGCUGCUUCCAUGGAGACGGAGUCAUCCACAGGAGACGGUUCCUGUAGAAAACGAGGAAGAGACGACGCCGAGGAGGAGGAGGAGCAGCAUCCUGCCAAGAGGAGCCACGGCCCGCCUCCUGCUGCGCCUCCUGCUGCGCCUCCUGCUGCUCUGCAGACGGAGUGAAGCUGCUGGCCUGGAGGUUUUAGUCUUUAGCUCCUGGUUCACGUUUUAUUUGGUUGCUUGGAGCUCCUGCUGUACUGAGACAUGCAGCUGCUGCUUUUGUACAUAAACCUGUAAAGAAAACCA